CCGUGUUGUACUGACAGUAACGAUACGGGCUGAGCAGACAUGGAGGCCCGAUUAACGAGAGGCCCAUCUUGACACAUCCAGGCUCAGCUAACGGCGUAUCGGAGGAGGAUUUCGGACCUUCUCGGAGAUAUCACGGAUCCUAUUUACUCGCUUGGAACAUAAAAUGUGUGGCCACCAUGUUGAUACGCACGAAGGGAGGACACAGAGCCAAAUAAUGUGAACACCGUUUCUGAACAAUUUCAGAGCUGAAGGACGGAGAAAGAGGGCUGGACAGCCAAGGAAGGGAGAGCAGCCAUCACAAAACAAGGAUUGCUUCACAUUCACCAUUAUCCCCCUCCCCCCUUUUCCCCCCUCAUCCCUAUCCCGUCUCCUUCUGGACCACUGCCUUUCUCCUAACAAAAACUCUACCUGGUAUCCUAAGCAUCCCCUCCCUAGUCAUCCCACACACCCCCUAAAUCUCUGAUGGAUCAGAAGAUUCAGGGGGGAACUGCAACUCCACCCCCUCUUCCCACAGGUGCUCCUACAGGGGAGCGAGACAAGGAGGGAGGGGGUGGAAAGAAAGAAGAAGAGGAGGAGAAGAAGAAGAGGGAAAGAGAGAAGGAGGGAGCUCCUACAGUCUCCGCUGUUACAGCAGGAGGAGGAGGAGGUGGGCCUGGAGGUGCAGGUGGUGACCAGUCCCACUUCUCCAUCAAAGAGAGCAGCCUGUCUGAGGGCAAUGUCAAACUCAAGAUUGGCCUUCAAGCAAAGCGGAUGAAAAAGCCCCCUAAGAUCUUGGAGAACUAUGUGUGUCGACCAGCCUUCAGGGCCACUGUGAGGCACACAGGGCGUGGAGGCGGUGCAAGAGGAAACCGUGCAGGGGUGACAGGUGAUGGGCCGAGCAGUCAGAACCAGAGUCCUCCACAUGGCAGAGAGAGAGAGAAGAGUCCCUGUGUCAACAACAGACCAGCCCCACCAUCUUCAUCAACCACCUCUGCUGCAGCUCCUACACCACCUCCUCCUGCUCCUCCUCCUGCUAGCACUACCACCCCGUCACCCUCCUCAGUGAAUGGGAGUGCUCCAGCUAAAAGGGGGCCACCAAAGAUGGCAUGCAAGUCAGACACAAAGCCAGACACAAAAACAGCCACUACCACGUCUGAGAGACCCCUGAAUCUUCACCGCCCUUCACCAGACAGCAAAACGCACCCUUCUGGGAAGAAGACACCCACUCCUCAAACCAACCCACGGACAUCUUCACCCACUCCACCAGUACCCGCAUCAAAAGAACCCACUUUUGAAGGGGUUAAACCUCCUCAGUACACCUACAGCACUGAAAGUCAAAGAGACAAGGAUAGGGGUGUUCAAAGUUGGGGAGCGCCCACAGUCACUGAGAAACUAGCUCAACUCAUAGCAACCUGUCCACCAUCAAAGACCCCUAAACCGGCCAAACCCACAAAAAUGGCCCCUUCCCCUACCCUCCCCAGCUCAGGCUUCAUGGCUCCCACCGCCAAGCAACGAGACAGGGCUAUGGCCAAUAGGAACACAUAUUCAAGAGUUGUUCACCUUGCUCCGCCUCCUCCCGUGUCGCGACCACCUGGCCGACCCUAUGGUUCUCGGAACAAAGACAGUGUUACGGACAAGUUGUCUAACCUAACACCACCAAGGAAAGAGGACACAGAUGGGACUGGGAAGUCAAGUAGUAGCAGCAGCAGCAACAACAGCAUCAACAUUAACAGUAGCAACAACAGCAGUCGCAGCAACAGCCCUGCACUCACCUAUGGCAACAGCCGCCUGACGACCAUGUCGAAGGACAGCAGCAAUGACAACAGCAACAACAACAAUGCUAAGCCACAGUCACGUCUCACUCAUUGCCCGCCCCACACCACAUCUUCACCCUCUCGUCUAAUUUCAUCCUCCUCUUCUUCCACCACCUCAGUGGAGCAGAGGACAGGGAGUACAGUGAGUCAUCCGGGCUCCCCUGCUCCUUCCCAAGGACACCAUGCACGAGAGAGCCCUGCUCUGGCAGAGGAGAGCAGUGUGAGUGAGAGGGAGCAGGACAGGGAUAACCCCAGAGACUUAACCAAGUGCCCUCCUCCAUCAGGAACAGGAAAGCCAGAGGGGAAGGACAAGGGGACUGGUAAUCAGUCACUCCGAGUAGAGAGGGGGAAGAGCUCUAGCCCAAGUAAACGCAGUCCAAACCGGGACAGUAGUCGGCCUGGUCGGACCAGUAGCCCCCCUGAGACUGUGAGACAAAGGGCACCUUCACCGCCAGAGCCUGCUGGCCGAGAAAGCUCACCGAUGCCUCUUAGAGACCAUUCUCCUGAUUCAUGCCCUGACUCUCCCCCAGAGCAGGACAGCAAACCUCUAAAAAAACGCAGGGGUAGGAAACCCCGUUGGACCCGUGUUGUGAACAAAAACCAAACUCAAAGAGCAGGCCAGGGCAGUCCCUUUGACCCGAGCAAAACCGCCAUGCCUUUAUCUUCAAGCCUGGAUACACCUCCGCCGGUAAAAAGGCCUGUAGGCAGGCCUCCUAACCCAAAUAAGGUCAGACCAAAUCCAGUGCCACAAAAUCCUGUGUCACAACUCUUUCCUCCCCAGCCUAAGAAAAGGGGGAGGCCGAAGUCUAAAAUGCCAAGGCUGGAUGCACCUAGCCGUGGGCGCCCUCCUAACAAACUGCCCCCCUCCAAGGUCUUCUCAUCAUUACUGAAGUCCAAAGAGGAACAAGAUCCCCCUGUUCUUCACCCAGAGGUGGACCUGAACCCCCCCAAACCGAUGCCUAGAAAACGGGGACGUCCUAAGCGCCUUCCCCCUACCUUACCACAGGAGGGUCAGCCUCCCACGCUGGCUCCAGAGGCAGGGGAUGCAGGAGACAAACGGUUCCGCAGCAAAGGAAACGGGCAGCUCAUCAUGAAAACCAUCAUAGGCAAGAUCAAUAAGAUGAAAAGUGUGAAGCGUAAACGCAUUCUCAGUCAAAUCCUGUUGGGCCCAAGAACAGAGGAUGCCCCUAGAGGCACCCCCAGUGCAGUGGUUGGCUCUGUGGAAGCUGCAACACAGUCAUUAUCCUCCCUGGCUGCUUCCUUCGGGGGUAAACUGGGGCCACAAAUCAAUGUAAGCAAAAAGGGCACAAUAUACAUGGGGAAGAGGAGAGGCCGAAAACCAAAAGCAGUCACCAGCUCCACUUCCAAAGCUCCAACACCACCCCCAGAACCCUUCUUGUCCCCUAACACCACUUCUCCUCUUCAUCACCACCAAUCCCAAUCUCAACAACACCAGCUUUCCUCUUCAGAGGUCUUCCCCUCCCCCUCCCUCUCUCAGUCCAGUGGUGGCCACAGUCCCAUCAGUGACGGCAGUUUUGUGGAGCCAGGUUCAGUGCACUUUGGAGGCCACUAUCACUCUCACCCCCAUCAUAGCCAUCACUCAUUUCCCUUCCCUCCCCCAACCUUUUCAGUUCCAAAUCCUCGCACCCAAGGGCUGGGCUCCUCGUCAUCCUCUGUGGCUACAGCAGCUUCCCAGAAGAAGUCAUCUUGCCGUGGCUAUCAUCACCAUCACCAUCAUUACAGGCAGCACUACCACUACCAUAAGCUCUCUCCUCCCCGGCCACUACAUCCCACCUCCCCUGCCCCCCUUAGUGAGCUAAAAGAAGCCACACCUUCACCAGUGAGUGAGUCACAUAGUGAGGAGACUGUGCCCAGUGACAGCGGUAUAGGAACAGACAACAACAGCACCUCUGAUCGUGGAGAGAAGGCUGGAGGAGCAGGCGGUUUGGGCGGAAUGGGGAUGCCACCGGGGAUGGGCAGUGGUUUAUUAAUGCCAGGGGUAAUGGGCUCAACAAUAGGGCCAGGGAUGGGACUUAAUUCCAGAGGCAGGCGGCGGCAUUCGUCCUCUGUACUUAUGGAACAUCCCUCUCCCUCUCCGUCACCUCUUGGGGCAAGGUCCUCGCCUGACCCCCGAAGGCCUCACCCAGCAGCUCCCACCUCCUCUCUCAUGGGACACAAAGAGAAACAUAAGCACAAGUGCAAGCGCAGGAGCCAUGGCUGCCCUGGCUAUGACAAGCUAAAGAGACAGAAGCGGAAACGCAAGAAGAAGUAUCUGCAGCUGCGUUCCCGGCGGCAGGACCCAGAUUUUCUGGCUGAGCUGGACGAGAUUGUGGUGAGGCUUAGUGAAAUUCGGAUAGCACACCGUACCACAGGGCACCGGCUGGGCAGUGGGAUAGGCAUGGCAACGGGAGCAGGCAGGGUACCAGGAGCAGGGAGCAGGGCCAGUGGAGGCAUAGGAGGCACAGGUGGACCUCCACCACAUCAUUAUUUACCCAGGGACCUCCUGCCUACAAUCUUCAGGAUUAACUUUAGUGGCUACUACUCCCCUCAUCCUGCAUACCCCUGUGACCCAUUGCACUAUGUCCGUAAACCAGACAUGAAGAAGAAACGGGGACGGCCUGCCAAACUGAGAGAGUCCAUGUCUGAGGUUCCCUUUGUACCUGGGCUUGGAUUCCCGCUCUCCAGUGGUGGGUUUUAUCAUCCCUCCUAUGGCGUUCCCUACUCCUCUGGGCCCCUUGGUUUGGGCUACUACAGAGGCUAUCCUCCAGCCAGUGCUCUGUACCCCCACCCACACCAUCAGUCACCCCACACAGCCCCAUCCCACCACACUCACCACUCACCAUCAUUCCCCCCUCCCCCUCCUCCAUCUUAUAUGCACCACCACCACCCCUCUCAUCUCCUGCUGAACCCCUCCAAAUUUCACAAGAAAAAACAUAAGCUGCUAAGGCAAGAUUACCUGGGAGGAGGCAGGUCUCCUGUCCUCUACCCACCCAUGUCCUCUGACCUCUCCUUCAACUGGCAUCACAAACACAAACACAGACACAAACACAGAGAGCGCUGCACUGAGGAGGAUGGGGAGGAAGCCGGAAGAGGAGGAGCAGCGAGCCGGACUGGUGCAGGGAUUUCUGAUAGUGGAGGCUCAGUGAGAGGAGAACGAGCUAGCAGUGUGGGGAUGGCAGAGUCCUUACAGCGCUGCCGCUUUGGACGAGACUCCUCCAGUACCAGCGCCAGCAAGCAAGCAGCUGCUGCCUCAGCAAACUCCCCUUCCUCAUCUUCAUCUUCGUCUGCUGAGAGAUACAAGCGCAAAGACAGUUCCAUGUCUUGUCUGGGGCCCUCCCGGCUUACACUGGGCAGCAGCACAAAAGGCCACCACCCGGUAGAGUCCUGGUUCAGGAUGGGCAGCGCUGAGGCAGACUAUGCGAAGCUGUCCCGGAGUCAAGUGGCACCCAGCCAAGGACCGUUCUCAGAUGGACGGACUGAAGACCCAGUAGGCUGCUCAGACAGUGAGGAUGAGGAGCCACUCACACCCCUGGAGGAUAUAGAGCCUGGAACCCAGGAUUCUCCAAACCAUACAAAUCUGUUUGCCUCUGCUCUAACCCGCAAUACCUUGAGGGCUGGUCGGGGCAGAAAGGCUGGGGGAGCCACGGAGAGUUCCAGCUUUUCCCGUAUGGACCGGACACUGAGGAAGGACCGCUCAACGUCAGCAGAGAGGAGAGAGACUGGAGCAUCAGGUGUUCAGACACGAGGUGGUGGCCUCUCAACCACUGAGGGUCCUGAGGGAUCCCUCCAUCACCGGCAGCAGCACCACCACCAAACUUCUCUGUUCCACUCCCAUGGAUCUGCCUCCGCCUCAUGCCUUUCCCCCUCCCAGGACUGUUGCCUGGAUGCCUCCUUGCCUCACCAUUCCCAUCGAGCGCAGCCUCCCAAACACAGCCUGCACCACGUCAACAAAAUCCUGCGUGCCAAGAAGCUGCAGAGACAGGCUCGUACAGGAAACAACGUGGUGAAGAAGAGGGGCCCUGGACGCCCCAGGAAGCACCCGCUACCCUCCCCGCCACCCUCACCCCCGCCUGUGGUGGAGGUGACCCAGCCCAGGCACAGGGACAGAGGCGCAGAUAGGGGUGGAGGGACAGGGGGACGGGGGUGGGAGGGAGACACUGUUACGGAUGCCAUUGAGUCGGUAGUCCAGGACCAGCGCAGGAAAGGCCAAAAGAGGAAGCGCUGGGAUAGAGAUGGGGAUGAGGAAGAAGAAGAUGAGGAAGAGGACGGGGAGGCAGAAGAGACUGAGGAACGAUUGGUGGACAGAGAGGAGAACCUGGGGAACCUGGGGAUGAGGCCCAGAGCUGGGGGUGGAAGAGGCUGGCUCACCCAGGACGAGCUCCAGCGCUUUCGCGGCUCAAUGGAAGGCAAGCCAGAUGGCCACUGCUCUCCGGAACGCCCGGGCACCGUCUCCAGGGAACAAGCUCCGCCCAUGCCUAUUCCCAGCCAGCGAGAGAAGAGAGCAGCCAGACCUCCAAAGAAGAAGUUCCAGAAGGCGGGGCUUUACUCUGAUGUGUACAAGACUGAGGACCCAAGGAGUCAGCUUCUGCAGCUGAAGAAAGAGAAGCUAGAAUACAUACCUGGGGAGCAUGAGUACGGAUUGUUUCCUGCCCCUAUCCAUGUUGGGAAGUACCUGAGACAGAAGCGCAUUGACUUCCAGUUGCCUUAUGACAUCUUGUGGCUGUGGAAACAUGAUCAGCUUUACAAGAGGCCUGAUGUCCCCCUGUAUAAAAAGAUCAGAUCAAAUGUCUAUGUGGAUGUGAAGCCUCUUUCCGGUUAUGAAACAACGACGUGUAACUGCAGAUCUCCUGAGGACCCCAGUGAAAAGGGCUGUCUUGAUGACUGCCUGAACAGGAUGAGUUUUGCUGAGUGCUCUCCCAGCACUUGCCCUUGUGGGGAUCAGUGUGACAACCAGCACAUCCAGAGACAUGAGUGGGUCCAGUGCCUGGAGCGAUUCCGUGCUGAGGGCAAGGGCUGGGGCAUCCGCACCAAGGAGCCCCUUCGCUCAGGACAGUUUAUCAUCGAGUACCUUGGAGAGGUGGUCAGCGAACAGGAGUUCAGGAACCGAAUGAUGGAACAGUACUUCUCCCACAGUGGCCACUACUGUCUGAACCUGGAUAGCGGCAUGGUGAUUGACAGCUACCGGAUGGGCAACGAGGCACGCUUCAUCAACCACAGCUGCGAGCCCAACUGUGAGAUGCAGAAGUGGUCGGUGAAUGGGGUGUACAGGAUUGGUCUCUUUGCUCUCAAGGACAUGAGCAGCGGCACUGAGCUCACCUAUGACUACAACUUCCAUUCCUUCAACACAGAAGAACAGCAAGUGUGUAAGUGCGGCUCGGAGAGCUGCCGGGGCAUCAUCGGAGGGAAGAGCCAGCGAGUCAAUGGCCUGCCUGGAAAAGCAGGUGGUACUCGGCGGCUGGGUCGACUCAAGGAGAAGCGGAAGUCCAAACACCAGCUCAAAAAAAGAGAAGAGGAGUCGAGUGACAGCAACAAGUUUUACCCUCACCUUAUGAAGCCCAUGUCCAACAGAGAGAGGAACUUUGUGCUGAAGCACCGAGUAUUUCUCUUGAGGAACUGGGAGAAAAUGAGGGAGAAGCAGGAGCUGCUAAAGAGAGAGGGGGAGAGAGAGAGGGAUGCCAGCAGCCUGUCCAUCUACACGCGCUGGGGAGGGGUCAUCCGUGAUGAUGGAAACAUCAAGUCAGAUGUGUUCCUGACGCAGUUCUCAGCGCUGCAGACGUCCCGGUCAGUGCGCACACGGAGACUCGCUGCUGCAGAGGAAAACACGGAAGUCACACGCACUGCUCGCCUAGCACACAUCUUCAAGGAGAUUUGUGACAUGAUCACAAGCUACAAGGAUUCAGCUGGCCAGACCCUUGCUGCUCCGCUGGUGAACCUCCCAUCACGGAAGAGGAACAGCCAAUACUAUGAGAAGGUGUCCGACCCUCUGGAUCUGAGUACCAUCGAGAAGCAAAUCCUCACCGGCCACUACAAGACAGUGGAGGCCUUUGACACCGACAUGCUCAAAGUGUUCCGCAAUGCUGAGAAAUACUACGGCAGGAAGUCAUCGGUGGGCAGGGACGUAUGUCGACUGAGGAAGGCUUACUACAGCGCUCGCCAUGAGGCCGCCGUCCAGAUUGAUGAGAUCGUGGGCGAGACGGCCAGCGAGGCAGACAGCUCUGAUUCGCUGGACCGGGACCACGGCCACCAUCACCACCACGGAGGGGGUGGGCCGGGUUCCCACGAUAAAGACGAUGACGUCAUCCGCUGCAUAUGUGGAAUGUACAAGGACGAGGGCCUGAUGAUCCAGUGUGAAAAGUGUAUGGUGUGGCAGCAUUUUGACUGCAUGCGACUUGAGACGGAGGUGGAGCACUACCUGUGUGAGCAGUGUGACCCUCGUCCUGUGGACAGGGAAGUCCCUAUGCUGCCCCAGCCCAGCUACGCACAGUCUGGCUCUGUCUACUACAUCUGCCUCCUCAGAGAUGAGCUGCUGCUACACCAAGGUGAUUGUGUGUAUCUGAUGAGAGACAGCAGACGCACCCCUGAAGGCCAGCUGGUCAGACAGUCCUACCGUCUCCUGUCUCACAUCAACAGAGACAAACUGGACAUCUUCCGCAUUGAGAAACUCUGGAAGAAUGAAAAGGGUGAGAGGUUUGCCUUUGGCCACCACUACUUCCGUCCUCACGAGACACACCAUUCUCCGUCACGGCGGUUCUACCAGAAUGAGCUGUUUCGCAUGCCGCUCUACGAGAUCAUCCCCUUAGAGGCUGUGGUGGGAACCUGCUGUGUCCUCGACCUCUACACGUAUUGCAAGGGACGGCCAAAGGGUGUAAAAGAGCAGGACGUGUACAUCUGUGAUUACCGUCUGGACAAGUCAGCUCACCUCUUCUACAAGAUCCAUCGUAACCGUUACCCGGUCUGCACCAAGCCAUACGCCUUUAACCACUUCCCCAAGCGGCUGACUCCCAAAAGAGACUUCUCGCCGCACUAUGUUCCUGACAACUACAAGAGGAACGGGGGACGCUCGGCCUGGAAGAGCGAACGACCCAAAGGAGCGGGAGGCUGCGAGGAUGACGGCUCCUCCUGCGACCGGGGCGACGACUUCCCGCCUGAGGGUGAAGACGGGAGAGGUGUGGAGGAUGACGUGGACAUGGCUUCGGAGGAUCCUGCGCUUUUAACUGGCAAGGCCCAGAGAUCAGAAAGGCAAGUGGAAGGAGAGGAGGACGAAGAGGAGGAAGAGGAGGAAGAAGGGCAGGAGGCGGAGGAGCGGAAAGAGCUGGAGGAAGGUUCAACAGAGAGGGUUGGGGAGAUGCUGGAGCUCCCCUCCUCCUCGGCCUCAUCACCGUUCCACCAUCCUGGACUGGGAAGGAGGGAGGCACAGAGGGAGAGGCUCAACAAGAUCCUGCUGGAUCUGCUGCACAGAACACCCAGCAAGAAUGCCAUAGAUGUCACUUAUCUCCUGGAGGAGGGCGCGGGGCGACGACUACGGCGACGGACACUCGGAUUUGGUGAUUUUGUGGGCAGAAAAUAGUGUUGCUAUGUGCCUGGAAAGCACACCACCUUUCUCAGUGUGAGAAAGGAGCAGAAAAUGCAAAGACAGCAGGAAGGGAAGAGAGCAUUGUUGGCGAUCUGACCAUUAAAGGAACACAAUGCUCUCCUGGGGCCUUCAGGUGUACCUCUUCCAAGACUGUCAUUUUGGACACAAAGCAAACCAAGACGGCGAGGAGGCUGGAAGUGAGGAAUUCCACGGCGAUUACAGUUUUUUAAGGGUUCACGAGGAGUGAUAAUGGGAAGUGAACCCAGACUUCUUGCUUAUUUAAGUAGUAUGAUGCAAAAUGUGUUUUUAUGAGUAUAGGAGAAAUAACCCCAUGCACUUAAAUGCAUUGAACAAAUAUACAAAGACAGCCUGCGAUGAGCACGGGACAGACUGAAGACUGAAGGUGCGGUGUUAUCCAUGCACACAUGGGUAAAUGAAUUCCACCCUGACUAUAAAUUUCAGUGAGCAUCACAAAAAGGAACAAGUGGUACUCAGUAGGGAUGGCUGGAGGGAAGGAGAGUUUUAGUCAAUAGGGGGAUGAGAAUGCUGGAGAACGGUGCCCUCUAGUGGGACCUAGUUGUAAUGACAAACUGUAACAAAUGCCAGAAGAUGCAUGAUGGGACUGAAAUGACAUAGGAGCAACAUAAGUGGAGCAGGGUGCUCAGACACCGACGAACUUGGAGAAUGAGAGCGAGAGAAAGGGAGGGGUUAGGAGGUUAGUGAGGUGGGUCAACUGCACUUUUGGUACCAUGGAUAUUGUGAAGCUGUAAUGUAUCUAUAAAGAAAACACACUAACACUCACAGUAUUGGAUGAUGCAGUCUGAAAAAAGCAAGUUAAAAAAAGGCUAUUAUCUUUUUUCCUGUUAUACUGUAGUAACUCAUUUAGGAACAGAGAAACGACGGGGGUCUGUGUUUGUUUUAGAGUAAAGGGAGGGGAGGGGGCCCUUGGGAAGACUGAGUGUGCGCUUUUGUCAGUCAAGUGUCUUGUUGAGUAACUUUUUUUUCUUUCGUGAGGCAGUCAGCUUCGCCCCUCUUUUUGAAGUAACAUGAUUCACCAGCUUAACUAAAUCAGGCGGCGGAACACCGGCUCUCACUGUAACGCCUUAGACAGCCGUGCUCCCCGACUGCCUUGCGUGAGUGUGUGCGUGCGUACACACUUAUUGUGUGUCUGUACUCUGCCAGAUUUCUUGAAGAUAUACGUUUUUAAAAAAAAAAAGAGAAAAAAAUAAGGGCUUGAUGG